AUGAACAGCUUCAGCAUCGUCGACUACGUGGUGUUCGGUGCCACCAUCCUCAUGUCACUUGGCAUCGGUUUGUAUUUUGCCCUGUCUGGUGGACGUCAGCGAUCUACAUCAGAGUUUCUGGUCGGAGGUCGCAACAUGCAGAUUAUCCCCGUCGCGUUGUCGCUCGUGGUGUCCUUUGAAUCAUCCAUCAUGAUCCUGGGCAUUCCAGCUGAAGUGUACGUGUAUGGCGCCCAGGUAUUCUACAUGGGAAUAGUUGUGUUUGGGACAGCCAUAGGUCUCGAAGAAGUCACUGUUCGAUUGACGCAAAUGCCAGGCAAUCCAAAACAAUGCUCUAUAAUACCGUUCAUAGUGCUGCUGCACGUGCAGUUCCUGCAGCUCCAUGGUCCUUUGGGUGGAAUCAAAGCAAUUGUAUGGACCGAUGUCUUCCAGACGUUCAUUAUGACCCUCGGAAUCCUGGUCAUUGUCAUUAAGAUCCUUCCCAUCCUGACUGUGGACAUCUUUAAAGGUAUCCCUGGGAUGUUUGGACUGUUUGUGGCAGCUCUCUGUAGUGCCUCAGUGAGCACUAUUUCCUCUGGGCUGUCCAGUCUGGCGGCCACAACCUCGGAAGACAUCCUCAAGCAUCACCUGCCAAAUCUUUCCGACUUCAAGGCAACACUUGUAGCUAAAGUAGCAGGGAGGAUGUUGCGUACACAUAUCAACCAGGGCUUUCCUUUCACGAAGAACAAACGAGGAUAG